AUGGGUCUCGGUGGCCUCCUCCUCCGCAUCUUCGCCAAUGGCAUCCGCGUCCUCCAAUUCCUCGCCGGCGUCGUCAUGCUUGGCAUCUUCUCCUACUUCCUCGCCGUGCUGACCAACCACCACCUCCCCAUUGCGACAUGGAUCCGCGCCGUCGAGGGUAUUGCUGGCGCUGCUACCCUCUACACCUUACUAGCAUCAAUCUUAACCACCUGUCUCGCUGGCCACACGUUCUUUGGUGCGGUGGGCAUGUUUCUUGAUGUCUGCUUCGUCGGUGGCAUGGUCGCGAUCGCUGUUAUGACUCGUGACGGAACUCAGACUUGCUCGGGCUAUGUUACUACGCCGUUGGGUAAUGGAGCGUCGGACUCGAAAGCGUCAGGGUAUGGAAGUGAUGGUUUUGGAUUCGGAAGUGGUGAGACGAUUACCUAUCUGCCCAAUUUGGGUUUGGCGUGUCGAUUGGAGAAGACCGUUUUUGCUGUCUCCAUCAUUUCUAUCUUCCUAUUCCUCGUCUCUGUGUCCAUCGCCAUCCCCAUGGUCCGCAGCCACCAUCGCGAGAAGCGUUUUGGUCCUUCCCCGGCCAACGGAUACACCUCUGGAUCUGCUCGUCGCCUCGGCUUCUGGCGUCGCAACAAGGCUACCAACCCUGAUGCUGCUGCUGUUGAUACUAUUCCUGGUCACCCUACUCCCGGUGAAGUUGAGAGUGGCUAUAAGCCAGAGACUGCCGGCAACAACACUACCUUCUAG